CUUGUUCCCCUCCUGAGAUAGUUAAGGCGAUGCAGUUGUCUAGCAGUGUGGUGAGGGAAGCACCUCUACUCAGUUAUCUAGCUAUUUAAAAAGUGAAAUAACGUUAACUAGCUAACUAGAUUAAUGUCAUCUGAUCAGAUAAGUUACCCAGCUAACGUUAGUUAAUUGACCACAUCAUCCCUGGUGGAGUUGGAACAUUAUCUGAAUCGCAGAAAUAGCUGACUAUUUUCUUGACAUUUUGCAUAGUACAGUUUUGAUCCAUAUAGCCCUAAGCUAGCGAAUUUAGGCUGACUGUAGCUGUCCAGUUAGUUAGCAAGCUACAUGGGUUAACAUUUGACGUUGUUGAUAUAGGCAGCUACGAUGUCAUUGCCCAAUGACCUGUUCAGUGUCUUGUGAUGUGUUUAUUUUAUUUUUAUUUCACCUUUAUUUAACGUGAUGCACGUGACGUUGGUGUAAGUCAGUCAUAUGACCGACGUACUAUAUGUCUCUGGUCUAGCCUCCGUGGAGAGGUGCACCGAUGCUAUGGCCUCCCACAGCUCCUCCCCAGUGCCUCAUCCCAGCAGUGGUGGCAGCGAGGGGAUCUUCCGGAAGGACAGGGACCCUUCCUCACGACACUACAGGCCCGUCCACUCCCUGCCCGACGUCUGCCCCAAGGAGCCCACGGGCGAGGCAGCCCGGGGGCUGUGCGAGGGCCCGUCGGUGGUGGCCGACCAGCACAGGUGGACGGUGUACAACUCCAAGGUGAACCUUCCAGCCGCGCUGAACGACCCACGGCUGGCCAAGAGGGAGUCUGACUUCUUCACCAAAUCCUGGGGCCUGGACUUUGCCGAGACGGAAGUCAUGCCCUCCUUCUACCUCCCCAACAUCACAAAGGAACACUUUGGCCCCUACCUGCAGGAAACAGCUCAGAGGGAGAAAAUCCAUGAGCGAUGCAAGAAUAUCUGUCCCAACAAGGAUGAGCUGGAUGCGGUCUCCAGCAUCACAAACAACCACGACAAAUCAAGAACAGAGUUGGAGCAGGUUCCCAAGAUCUUCAUGAAGCCUGACUUUGCACUAGACGACCCAACGACCUUUAACGCGGUCCUACCAUGGUCCCACUUCAACAGCGCUGGGCGGAAGAGCAGCAGGGACAUGGCAUCGUCACGGUUACUACAGGAAAAGCUGAGCCACUAUCUCGACGUGGUGGAGGUGAGCAUCGCGCGCCAGAUCUCCCUGCGCUCCGAGGCCUUCUUCCACGCCAUGUCCUCCCAGCACGAGCUCCAGGACCGCCUCACCGAAACCGCCCGCGCCGUGGCAGUCCUCCGGGGCCGCACGGCCGCCAUCGAACGCAUCAUGUGCGAAGGUCCGCUGCGGGCACUGCGGCAGGCGCUGACGCGCUCCAACUGCGCGCGGCUGCACAACAAGCUGAAGCUGAUGGCGGCGGUGCAUCAGAGCCAGCCCACUGUGCAGCUGCUGCUCUCCACCUCAGAGUUCGUUGGGGCCCUGGAGCUCAUCGCCACCACCAAGGAGGUGCUGCAGCAGGAGCUGCAGGGGAUACACAGCUUCAGACACCUGGGCUCGCAGCUGUGUGAGAUGGAGAAGCUGAUAGACAAGAUGAUGGUGGAGGACUUUAGCAUGUACUCCAGGAGUGACCUCAGCAGGAGUCUGGAGGACGACGGACAGGUCAUAGAGAAGUGGUCACUGUUCUCACAGAUGCAAUACAAACGUUCAGUCUCAAUAAAGGACAGGCUGGAGUCUCUGGUGUUUGGCUUGCUCAGGCAGCGGAAGCUGGAUUUUCUGGACAUCUACAGCGACGAGAUGAUCCUAGCAGCCAAAAGCAUCGUCACGCAGUCUGUUGUCGACUCGGUGUCACAGAUUGAAGAAAUCGACACUGACAUCGUCACAAAGCUGGCAGACCAGAUGCGUCUAAUGACCUUCCCCCAGUGGUUUGAGCUGCUGAAGUCCGUCUUUGAGAACUUCAUUCUCUUCCUGAAGAGGAUCAAGGCAACGCUCAGUGUGGUGAGGAAUGUGGUGCUGGAGGCGCUGGACAGCAACCAGAAAAGCCGUCUGCUGGAGCGGGGGAAGCAGGGGGGCCUGGCUGAGGCCCCAGGGACCCCUCUCAAUCAGGGGGAAGCAGAACUGGCCUACCUCACCCACGAGGGCCUGUUCAUCAGCGACGCUCUAAAUGAUGCCCAGCUGCACCUGGGGGCAGGCGGGGGCCAGGAGCAGAGCUCCACGGUGGGGCCCAGGCAGGCCCUGUCACGUUUGGAUGGUUGUGGUAGUGACUCCGCCUCAGGGACCACCGAGUCGUCCUCCAGCAGGGAACACGCUCUCCAGCCAGGAGGAGCCGCCGGCAUCUCGUCCAGUGAGGACAUGAUGCCCAGUGACCUGGAGCUGGGCCGCGUGGCCAAUAACAUCCAGGAGCUGCUCUACACCGCCUCAGACGUUAGCCACGACCGCUGUGUCAAAGUCCUCAUGGCCAGAGCCAAGGAUGGCUCCCUGGAGCGUCUGAGCUCGGCCGAGUUUGUGUUUCUGUCCCAGGCGGUGGAAGGCUUUGUGAGGGACACGGAGGAGCUGUGCUGCAGGCGCAGUGUGUCCCUAAGGGGGGCGCUACAGAGCCAGGCCAACCGCUUUGUCCACCGCUUCCACGAGGAGCGCAAGACCAAGCUCAGUCUGCUGCUGGACAAUGAGCGGUGGAAACAGGCAGAGGUUCCUGCAGAAUUCCAGGACCUGGUUAACUCCAUAGCAGAUGGCAGGAUCACACUACCCGAACGCAAACCCCAAGGCACAGAAGAAAGGAAACCAAGUGAUUAUUUGCACAUUGAUGGCCAGAAAUAUGCUGUCGUCGGCACGGUGUUACUCCUAAUCCGGAUCUUCCUGGAGUACUGUCAGUGUGUCAACGACAUCCCUUCCAUCUCCACAGACAUGCUCACCCGCCUCUCAGACCUACUCAAGCACUUCAACUCGCGGAGCUGCCAGCUGGUCCUGGGGGCAGGAGCACUACAAGUGGUGGGACUCAAGACCAUCACCACUAAAAACCUGGCCCUGGCCUCUCGCUGUCUUCAGCUGGUGGUUCACUACAUUCCCGUCAUCAGGGCCCACUUUGAGACCAAGCUGACGCCCAAGCAGUACAGCGUCCUCAGGCACUUUGACCACAUCACUAAGGACUACAACGAUCACAUAGCGGAAAUCUCCGCUAAACUGGUGUCCAUCAUGGACAGCAUGUUUGAGAAGGUGCUGUCUAAGUAUGAAGUCAAGGCCCCCAUGCCGUCAGCCUGCUUUCGCAACGUCUGUAAACAAAUGGCCAAAAUGCAUGAAGCCCUCUACGAGCUGCUACCUGAGGAACAGGCACAGAUGUUGUUCCUGAGGAUCAAUGCCAGCCUUAAAAUUCACCUUAAAAGGCAGCUGGCCCGUCUCGGGGUGCACCACGACGGUGGACCUCAACAUGGGCUGGUGACGGUGGAUGUCGCGUUUUACACUGAGAAUGUUCAAUCACUGAGGACACUUGAGAAGCUAGACUUGAACAUGGCUGAGAUCUGGGAGCAGAAGAGGUGAUGAUGGGGGUAGUAGUCGUCCUACCUACCUACAGUGUGUAACGCCUUGUUAACCCACCCCGGAGGGAGGGGAGAAACUAACUCUAAUCAGAUUCUUGUUGUAAAGAGACUGCACCUCCAGCAGCCAGCCUGCCCGGGGAUCUCACUGAAGCCCACGCUGUCUGUGUACAGAAAGAGAGUGGAGGAGGUCUGGUAGUGGUGCUUCUUCAAGGGAGAAACUCCCCCAGGCAGCAACGGUGUGGGACCAAACACUGAAGCGGCCAUUGUGUAGGACAGGCUACAUAACAUGGCACCCUAUUCCCUAUACAGUGUACCACUAGUGCAUGAUCUAGGGAAUAGGGUGCCAUUUCAGACACUGACAUGGGCUUUUUUAAAGAGCACCUCCCUGGGGGGGCUACAAGACACCUUUAGGACGCAACUGCUGCCCGUUACCUCAUCACACUGUAAUUCAACUAUAGAUGACUUAUUAAAAACAGAUGAAUAAAUGGACUUUGAUUGGACUGAAAUGCUGACAUGGUUCAGAACAUGUCAAUUACUGGAGAACUGAUUUUUAUUUAUUUUUUCAGGUUCAAAGCAUAGUUUUUCUUGCGUCGGUCAACGAAGUAAGGAAUAACAAGGCCACUUUGACACACUCAUAUUUAAAUUGACUAAAGAGAGCUUCAGAUGGAGCAUAAUUUGCACUGAAUGCAUCUGCAAACAAAUUCCUUCCAAUUGUUAGUGUUCCCUUCCAUGGCCCUAAAUUAAACCUUUACUGUGCUGUCUGUACAGUAAGAGUGAGCCAUUUCAUCACAAUGCCACUUUGAGCAUUGAUCGACUAUAUGCACAAUUGUUCCCUUAUGCCCGAGCUAAGUCGUUCUAUUUAAAGCAUUAUCACCUGUUGCAUCUCUAGGAAGCAUGAAUGAACAUUAGCCUCUGAUUGGUUGGUCUUUUUUAAAGUAGUUGAGCUUCAACCAAAAGUCUUGUUUCCCAGUUCUAUUCACUGCCUGUCUUACACUGUGAGGAUCUACUGGUGUAUAUAACAAAAAGCACCAUCCAGUAAAGUGGUCUACUUCAAAAGUGCCUACUUUUGAUAAAUAGCAAAGACAGACUUCUUUACAAUAGUAUACUGUUUGAGUGCCUGUGAGCGUAUGACUGUUGGGCACUCUGGGUAAGAAAGUGUGGCAAACUGAAAAUCUGACCGCAUGUCUUGAAUCCCAGGAAACUGAAUAAAACAUGGGACAAUAUGGAAGCAUU